AUGGGUGAUACGAAUGGACAAGUAGCAGCUGGUGGUAAUGGCCAAGGAAAUCGAUUGGAUCAAUUGUAUCAUCCAACCGAUGUGUUGAUCGACAAAGAGACGGAUAGUCUCAUUAUUUGUGAUUGGGAGAAUCGACGAGUCGUACGAUGGCCUCGUCAUAGUGGCACAAUUCAAGGAGAAAUCCUCAUCAACAACAUCGCUUGUGCAGGAUUGGCCAUGGAUGAUCAGAGAUAUCUCUACAUCUCUGAUAACGAAAAAGAUGAAGUAAGACGAUAUCAAAUAGGAGACAAGAAUGGAACUCUUGUGGCUGGUGGCAAUGGCGGAGGUGAUGGUCUCAAUCAACUCAACUUUCCGACCUACAUCUUUGUCGAUCAACAACAGACUGUCUACGUGUCAGAUUGGAACAAUCAUCGUGUAAUGAAAUGGAAUAAAGGUGCAAAAGAAGAAAUUGUCGUCGCUGGAGGUCAAGGAGAAGGGAAUGCUCUGACACAGUUGUAUCAUCCUCAAGGACUAUUCGUCGAUACAUUGGGUACCAUCUAUGUGGCAGACUCGAAUAAUCAUCGAGUGAUGCGUUGGCCUAAAGGAGCGAAACAGGGCACUGUCAUUGUGGGUGGAAAUGGUCAAGGAAAAGAAGCAAAUCAGUUUCAGUAUCUCGGGGGUUUGUCCUUCGAUCGACAUGGCAAUCUCUAUGUCGUCGAUUAUGGGAAUUCUCGUGUUCAACGCUUUUCAAUCGAAUAG